AUGGAAUCUGAAAAGAUGAAUGUUUGCCAAAACGAAUCAUUGGUUGAUAGACAAAAGGAUUUGACUACAUCCGAUUACUAUUUCGAUUCAUAUUCUCAUUUUGGAAUUCAUGAAGAAAUGUUAAAAGAUGAAGUUAGAACAUUGUCAUAUCGUAAAGCAAUUUUGAAUAAUAGACAUCUCUUCCAAGGCAAGGUGGUGUUGGAUGUCGGUUGUGGAACUGGUAUUCUCUGUAUGUUUGCCGCUCAAGCCGGUGCCAAGUUGGUUAUUGGUGUCGACAACUCUGAGAUCUUGCCAAUCGCACAAAAGAUCAUCAAGGCCAACAACUUUGAGAACAAGAUCGUCUUGAUCAAAGGAAAGAUGGAGGAAGUCCAAUUGCCAGUCGAAAAGGUAGACAUCAUCAUCAGUGAGUGGAUGGGUUACUUUAUGCUCUACGAAGGUAUGCUCGACACCGUGCUCUUUGCACGUGACAAGUAUCUCGUUCCAGGUGGUAUCAUCAUGCCAGACCGUGCAUCGCUCCACAUCACCGCCAUCGAAGAUUCCGACUACAAACAAGAUAAAAUUGAAUAUUGGAAUAAUGUAUAUGGUUUUGAUAUGAGUUGUAUCAGAGAGAUUGCAUUGGCAGAACCAUUGGUUGAUGUUGUUCAAGCUAAAAUGAUUGCCACUACAGAUUGUUCUAUUUUAAAUAUCGAUAUCCAUACAAUUAAGAAAGAGGAAUUACCAUUUAGAUCAGAUUUUAAGUUGAAGGCAAUGAGAGAUGACUGUGUACAUGCUUUUGUAGUUUACUUUGAUAUCGAAUUCACCAAGGGUCACAAGACAGUUUUCUUCUCGACUGGACCACGUGCACAAUACACUCAUUGGAAACAAUCGAUUUUAUAUUUGGACGACGUCUUGAAGCUAAGACAGGGUGAACAAAUCACAGGAUCAAUCGACGUUGCUCCAUACCAAGCGAACCAACGUGAUCUCAAAAUCAAACUUUCCUACGAUUUCAAGGGUUCUGAAUCACAAUCAUCUGCCAACAUUGAAUAUCACAUGAGAUAA